AUGAGUAGAAGAAAGGAUAGCGUUUUUUUAGAAUCAGACCAAGGUGCUGAUACUCAAGCUAUUUCAGAUACUGAAAUGGAUGAAAAUAGUGAUGAUUACCCAAGAGAAGAAAGAUCAUUGAGUAGAAGAGCCUCUAGUAUUUUUACCUUGGAUACAAGUCCAUUGGACCCACCAAAUGAAACAGACAUUAAAAAGUUUACUAGUGAUGCUUAUCACUUUAGUAUGAUUAGAAAUUUGCAUCUUGCAGAUUAUAUUACUAUGUUAAAUGGUUUCUCAGGUUUUUACUCAAUUGUAAGUUGUUUAAGAUUCACUUUAACUGGUAAACCACAUUAUGUUCAAAGAGCACAUUUCUUUAUAUUUUUGGGUAUGUGUUUUGAUUUUUUCGAUGGUAGAGUUGCAAGAUUGAGAAAUAGAUCUUCGCUAAUGGGUCAAGAAUUGGACUCUUUGGCUGAUUUGGUUUCUUUUGGUGUAGCCCCUGCUACUGUAGCUUUUGCUAUUGGCUUCCAAACUACUUUAGAUGUUUUGAUCUUAUCCUUUUUUGUAUUGUGUGGUCUAGCUAGAUUGGCAAGAUUUAAUGUCACUGUGGCUCAAUUACCAAAAGAUGUUACUGGUAAAUCGAAAUACUUUGAAGGUUUACCAAUGCCAACUUCUUUGCUAUUGGUUAUAGGGAUGGCAUAUCUAGUUAGGAACGGAUUGAUUCUAGAUAAUAUUCCAUUUGGAAUUUACAGAGAAGGGUUAGUAUUCGAAAUCCAUCCUAUAGUAUUCGUGUUCUUUAUACAUGGUUGUGGUAUGAUCUCGAAAAGUUUAAAAAUUCCAAAGCCUUAG